AAUCUCGCACACACAUGAUGAGCGCUCGCGGUGAGGAAGCCGCCGGCGAAGCUUCAGGAUCGCAGGAGCAGCCCGAGCCCGCCCCGGCCGAGCCACCGAAGAGGGGUCCGGGCAGACCGAGGAAACCGCAACAGGAACCCACAGGAGAGCCUGUCCCCAAACGGCCGAGGGGACGCCCCAAAGGAAGCAAGAACAAGGGCCCCUCCAAAGCAGCGCAGAAGAAAGCUGAGACCACAGGGGAGAAAAGGCCCAGAGGAAGACCCAGGAAAUGGCCACAGCAAGUGGUUCAGGAAAAGCCUGCUCAGGAAAAAGAAGAGGAGGAGGCAGAGCCAGAGGAGGACUAAGCAAACACAGGAUUUUACCUCUACCUCAUCCAGCUGUCAGCUCUCUCCAAGGGAAAAGACUGCCUUGACCACUUAUUAUUGACUUCCCACUUUUGUUUGAUCGUUUUUUUUUUAUUUUCGUUUUUUUUCCUCAUUCAUUUGUUUUGGUUUUUAUUUGUUUGUGAUAAACACACACAACAUCUCAGAACAUAAACCUAAAAAAAUGACGUAAAUGCAAACACACAUCUUGCAGAUGAUGAUUAUUGGAGCCACCUUGCUGUUCCAACUUAAGUGUUCAAAACUGCUGUAAGCGCACAGAGUAAGAGCAGGGGUUAAAUACACAGUAUGUGCUGCAGCGGUUUACUUGCGCCACACACUCUCGUUACCGAAUUUUCCAGGCUUCAUUGGUAAAGAAGAAAAAUAAAUCGGUCCGUUUUUGUCUUUGAAUAGUCACAACAUGAGGUGCCUCCUGUAUUUUGGUGGAGCUUUAAAUGGACACACCCAUUCUGUCAUACACAACCAAACACACUUGAACACCCUCUCCACAUCACCGUGCCACCAAAGAUUUAUUUUCCCUUUGUCUUAGAACAUUUUUGUUUAUAAAAGAGCUGACUGGCUAAGGUUUGCGGUUUACCUCAAAAAUGUCCUAGUGAUUUCAUAAUAAGCUCAAAUUCAAUGAAAUAUUCAAACUGGUGUGAAAUGCUGCUGCAUAACCUUUAAAAAUUUUCUUAAGAUAUUUUAAAGGAAUAUUCCAUGUUCAGUACAAAUAAAGCUUCAUCGACAGCAUUUGUGGUAAUAAUGUUUAUUACCACAAAAGCAUAUUUUUUUUACUUGUGCCUCCUUUUCUUUAAAAAAAGAAAAUCUGGGUUACAAUGAAGCACUUACAGUCUAAGUAAAUUUAAGCCAAUCGGGAAACGUUAAAAUACUCUUUCAAAAGUGUAUACAUGAUGAAAACAAUAUCUGUUAACAUGAUUUUAGUGUGAUAAAAUCACUUACUAUCCUUUUCUGUGUAGUUACAGCCAAUUUUACAACUUUGUUGCCAUGACAACCUAACGCUGUUAACCUGUAAACUUAUUAUUUAAACAACUUUACAGCUCAAAUAAUGCAGGUUUUAACAAAAAAUUAAUUUAAAUGCUUUUAUAAAACUAUAAUCUUCACAUUUCUGCCUCUAAAUCUAGCUUCUUUUAAAGAUGGAGAAAUCAAAAUAAUUUUUGGUGGUAAUCAAAAUUAUGCCGCAAAUGCUGUCGAUUGACCUUAACUUGUAUUACACCAGGAAUAUGAAUGUAAGAAUAUUAAUCUGUCAAAAUUGUUGCUUGUGAUGCAUUAGUCAUUUCAUCAAAAUGACCGUGAGCUUUAAAAGAUCUGCCUUAAAACUGCGGUCAGACCCACAACCCUGUUAGUUAACUGAUUGUGAGUGUAAUUUUUCUAAGAAGGUAAGAGUUUAGCAAAGAUGUUUAAUUCCUUGGUGGCAGAUUUGAACCUAAAAUUCGAUGACGCAUUCUUAUAUUGUUGGCGCAAACAUAAAUGGCAUGUGGUCAGUAAUUUCCAGCAUUACUACAGAACAAUGACGCAGCCUUCUACUGUACAUAUCUCGCACACAUAUGUACAUAAUUGUUUUUAUUUUUUUGUAUGGCAUAGCUUUAAGAACAUAAUAUCCAAGCUCAGCUAUAGGGAAAUGUAUCAACUCAGAUUGCUUCAAGACCUAAACCUCAAAAACCACAGGAACAAAACCACACUAUACCUCAUUACUUACAAAAAUACCUGAACAGGAGUGGCGGCGUUAUGUCAGAAGACACGAAAGAUGUUCGAUGCAUCUUAACGUACGCCAGCACUGUCACAAAUGCAAUAUCUCCUCUCCAUUUCAAGCUACCUCUGAUUUCUUCAACCAGCAAAUCAGUUUGAGAAAUGCAUGCUGCUAUAGAGUUCUCAUUACAAAGCAGGGGAUGGCAGUGAGUGCCAACAUUGAAAAUGAACCUUGUUAAAAUGUUGUCGUAACUUGGCAUGAGGGCGCAGCAAUGCUCUGCAAAAUGUUUUUUGUGAGUGUCGGGCAGGAAAUAACUGAAAUCUGAGGUCUGUUUCUAGUCAUAUGUAGAACUAAUCAUGCAGCUAAGGGAAAAAUAGUACUGUUUGUUCUUGUUAAUUUUUAUUUUAUUUUAUUUUUGUUCACAUUAGCAUCUGACAUUUGUAACAAGACACUCGUCUCUACAACUGGGAUGUCUGUUUUAUAUUUUUAACUUGAAUAUAUAUAUUUUGUACUGAUUUACUCAAUGGUUUCUAAGGAUCAAGUGGUUGUACGACACUAAAUGAUAUUGUUUUGAAUGGAUUUUUCUUUUCUUAAUUUUUUUUUUCUCUCCACUAUUGCUCUGAGUUUAUAGUUUUUGUUUUCUCUUUGUACUAUUCAGAUAUGUACCUCAAAAAAUUAUAAAAAUUGACAUAAUCAGCUGACAAAUACCUACCUCCAGUCUUGAAAAAAUUUUACGAUUUUUGAUGUCUUAGUAUCAAUUCAGGUACUGAAAAUUACAUUCUGACUGCACAAGAUCCUGUUUUACAAACAUUUUAAAUUUGAAUCAUGGUCAUCUUGAUUCAACUGGGGGAGAAGACGGAUAAGAAAAACA